CAGAUGACUCCUAACUUCUACCAGGCGACAUAUCGGGGGAGAGGACACACACGGGCCCUUCACAAGACAAACCCAUUGGAUGCAAGUUAUUUCGACGACUCGACACAUCACAAGUUCUUUUGUAAUGGACUCGAUGCUCCACUGUUGACUGCGUUGACUACAUUGACACUGUUGACGUCGUCGCCAGACUUGGGUGUGGCUGCUGUGAUGACCAUCAAUUAAUAUUUGACUUCAGUGACUGUAAUAACCUCAAUGGCCAGCAUCUUUAUGAGACUGAACAGAAUGUUUCGUUUCAAAUGUCGAUCAAAACAGUUAUUCUUUCUGUCCCUGUUUGGUCUAUGUGUCAUAGGUCUGUUCAAAAUGGUCGUGUUCGUGACCUCCCCUCCUCAUCUCUACAAGGUUGCCAUGGCAACGUUGCAAGAAAAUUACGUCAUCAAGGAGGACGCUGAUGACAAUGCAGAAUGCUUGAAACAAAUACAAAACAUUAACUCCUAUGUGGUGAAACUUCGUGACGUCAUGUUAGAUCCCGGAAAGGCUGUGAAAAUGCGAUGGAGUCCUAAUCAACUCAAACUGGAGAAGGGUUUCUUUACGGUGGCCUGUAUUGGUGAUUCGCCAUUGACGCGAUCAUCGUUCUACGGUGGGUGGUCUCACUUCGCGUCAUGGGCCACUGCCAUAGACAUUACGACAUAUGCCAAAAACAAAUUCGACGAAAUCGAUGCCGUUGAGGGCUAUACUAUUGCCAUAAAGAGAAUGCGUACAAAUAAUGUGUAUCUGAAAAUUCUGGAUAUGUAUAAUACAUACGUAACAGUGAGGAUGAUGAGACAAAAAGCGAAGGAUGUUUCCGUUCUGUUCAUUGAUGCUCAUUCGGAUGAAUCAAGCAUUAACGAGUGGAACGUGAUCUUCGGAGAAGCGUCUCAAAUCAAAGAUAUUUCGAGAAAGCAAAGAUAUGAAAAUAUCAUUUGGGGCAUUCCAGAAGGACUUGGUCCGAUUGCGACAUAUGACCUUCCGCUUCCGUUUUUGGACGAUUUUCGGCACCACGUGGUCACGAGCGGAGAGGCUGUUUCAAGCGAUGACAUCACUUGCCCAGGCUUGAGAAUAUCAAUUUUAACUUCAAGUUAUAAGACUGAAAAUAAAAGAGGUAGAGUCCUUCAACAUUCUAUAUCCAACACUGAUGAUAUAAUUGAACAAUUGCACGAGGAAUUCUCGGAUUGCGAUCUCAUGAUUAUCAGUACAGAGUCCAUGAGCAUGCGCCAACAGAUCCAAGCUUUUGCUAAGUCGGACAUUCUGAUUGGUCCACAUGGUCAUGAGCUCUCCAACACAGUGUUUUUACACCAAGGAGCUGGUUUGAUCGAACUGUUCCCUACAAGGUAUAGACUUCUUUCAGACAAUCGAUUUCGACAACUUGCUUCGUGGAGUAAAGUGUAUUAUUCGAGUUGGUUUAAUACGAACUGGAUGCUCCGAGACUCCGAGGUGAUGACAGUGGAUCCGGAUGUCGUGAUCAGCAUGGUUAGCGGAAUGAAGAAAAUCCUUUGUUCCAGAUGAAAUUUAGAGUGAUGUUUUAAGUGGAAAUGUCUUACUUUUUAAGAGGCACUUGAUUUGUAUUACUACUUUUGCGUAUCCAUCGACCUUAAAAUAUGUGCUAACAAAGAUGUCAAGCGCUGGUAUUGGGGUUAGACUGUAAACAACUAAGGGAGGUCACUCUAAUUUAGAAGCUGACGUGGGAGUAUCAAAACAGGCCACCUCUGUGUCUCUUACUUCUUUGCUACGUUUGCAGGUAUGGCAGCUUACAUAAAUUACCAUCGAUUUAUGUUGAAAUAUUGACAAGACAUCGGAACAGUGUAUAUUAUUCCAGAUGGACGCACGUACUGGUUCGCCUUAUUGUAGUGUGGAUGAGUGAGUUUAGUUUUACGUAGCUUUUAGCAAUAUUCCAGCAGUAUCACAGCAGAGAACACCAGAAAUGGGCUUCACCCAUGGUACCGACGUGGGGAAUCUAAACCGGGUCUACAGUGUGAUGAGCGAACGGUUCAGCCACUAGGCUACCCCACCGCCGCUAUUUUAUUGUGAAGUAGAGGAAGCAACUGGAAUGGUACACAAAUGACUCUUGUCAAGGAUCCUUCACAAAAAAUGACAGUAGAUACGCGAUUUCGGCUUCUCUGUAUUUCGUAUAGUCAAAACAAAAAGCAUAAAUGAUUUGCUUUACAAAAGUUAUACGAGAAACCCUUUUUGGUUAUCACAUUAUGGGGAUAUACACUAAGCUUUGUUUUGCUAUCUGUAUACAUAAUGUCUAUAUAUAGUUCCUAAUUCAUAUAUUACCUACUUGUGGGGAUUCCUUCCAAUACUUGCACUCAGCAAUAGUCCUUUUAUUUGACUGAGGUCUUCAUAAGAUUAGGCCUGAAUCAGACAAUCCCAUGAUUGACAUAAUGAGCAUCAAUUAAGUCCCUUAGCUAGGGUUGCCGAGGACCGUUCCUCAUCCAAAUAUUCUCAGGUAGUUUAUUUAAUUUGGGAAUAACUCUGUACAUGAUGUUUUCGGGGAGCAAAACGUUUUUUCAUGUUUGUACAAAACAAUUCUAAUUUGAAUAAAAAUAUAAACAUUC